UGAGUGACCUUUGGGGUGACGUGUGAUCUGCCAGCUGUUAUCAUGGUAUUCAAUCAUACAGAGGUGACUGACUAAAAAAAUAAAAAAAGUUACAAACAAAAAACAAAGCAAGAGGUCACUGACUAAGAAAUAGACUACUGCCCACUUAUGAACCAAAAAUGCAAUCAUCCCCUUCUUAUUUAUCUCUUUCUGUUCUGUCCAUGUGAAUGGAAUGAAUACAUGUGAAAAUCUAUUAGUCUUUCACAUUGAACUAAGAUGGCUGAGGCCGAAGUAGCAGCAGCUCCAACUCACAAUGAAUUUGAGCCUCAUCAAAAGAAGCCAUCAAGGAACAAAUAUGCCUUAGCUUGUGCUAUGCUUGCUUCCAUGACUUCCAUCCUCCUUGGUUACGAUAUUGGUGUGAUGAGUGGAGCAGCUAUGUACAUAAAGCGAGAUCUGAGAAUUUCGGAUGUGAAGAUUGAAAUCCUUGCCGGUAUAAUAAACUUGUACUCUCCAAUAGGUUCAUACAUAGCUGGAAGAACCUCUGAUUGGAUUGGUCGCCGUUACACUAUUAUAUUGGCCGCCGUAAUUUUCUUCGUCGGAGCAAUUCUGAUGGGAUUUUCACCAAACUAUGCUUUCCUCAUGUUCGGCCGGUUUGUCGCCGGCAUAGGAAUCGGUUUUGCUUUCCUCAUUGCACCCGUUUACACCUCAGAAAUCUCUCCUACUUCUUCCCGUGGUUUCCUCUCUUCCUUGCCUGAGGUGUUUUUGAACGGAGGAAUAUUGCUGGGAUACAUCUCAAACUAUGCAUUUUCAAAGCUUUCACUUCGAAUGGGUUGGCGGUUGAUGCUAGGAGUAGGAGCGAUUCCUUCAAUGUUCCUAGCCGUGGCGGUUUUAGCCAUGCCGGAAUCACCAAGGUGGCUCGUUUCUCAAGGACGAAUAGGCGAAGCCAGAAAGAUCCUCAACAAAAUCUCCGACUGGGUGUAUGGAAGGAGCUUCUCCUUUAUCCUACACCCGCGGUGCGCCACAUCUUCAUCGCUUCCUUAGGGAUUCACUUCUUUGCGCAAGCUACCGGCAUAGACGCCGUCGUUUUGUACAGCCCUAGAAUCUUUGAGAAGGCUGGGAUCAAAUCUGAUAAUAAAAAGCUUCUCGCAACCGUAGCCGUUGGAUUCGUCAAAACGAUUUUCAUCUUAGUGGCCACUUUUUUCCUGGAUCGUGUUGGAAGACGCAAGUUGCUGUUAAGCAGCGUUAGCGGUUUGAUAAUCUCGCUUCUAACCCUUGCGGUGAGUCUCACCGUAGUGAAUCGUUCGAAGACGACGCUGAACUGGGCCAUUGGGCUUAGCAUAGCCUCGGUUUUGUCCUAUGUGGGCUCGUUCUCGAUUGGGUCUGGGCCCAUUACGUGGGUUUAUAGUUCGGAGAUAUUUCCGUUGAGGCUGCGCGCUCAGGGUGUAGCUAUUGGAGCUGUGGUGAAUAGGGUCACCAGUGGAGUGAUCUCAAUGACCUUUUUGUCCCUCACGAAGGCAAUUACCACUGGUGGGGCUUUCUUUCUCUUUGCUGGAAUUGCAGCUGCUGCGUGGGUAUUUCACUAUACUCUGCUCCCUGAAACGCGCGGUAAAACUCUUGAAGAAAUUGAAGGAUCUUUCGGUAAUUUCUGCAGAAAAUCUAAGAAUAGUGCUAACGGGGAGGGACUUAGCCGUAAUAGCACUGGUAACGGCCAGAUCCAAUUGGGGACCAACGGCCAGAACCAGCCUUUGACAAGUGUGGAUUAAUUUACUUAGGAGUGUGAUAAAUAACAUAUCCGAAUAAUGAGAAUUAAAAUCACAAGAUGAAGAAAUUAGAAUCAUUUUAGGCUUUGUUUAUAAAGGUGCAAGUGUGUAACUGAGCUGUAACAGUUGUUUAUAAAGGUGUAAGUGUAAUUGAGCUGCAACACUUUCUGAUAGGGUAAAGUACUAAAUUGGUCCCCUAGGUUUGGGCGUAA